GCAAAGCCAUUCCCCUUCAUUUUCACAUUUACUACACCACCAUGUUCUUGGUCAAGCUUACAAACUUUGAUCCUCUUCUUGACGCAACCUCCUUUUUUGCUCAAAUUUCCUUCGACGAUGCUGAUGUGAAAUUCACGCCUUCGAAAUUCUUCAUAAUUUCCUCUCACCGUUCCCCUCGCUUCAUCGCAACGCUACAAUUGUCGCCACAAUGGUUCACUAGUUUUUCCGUUGAUCAUGAUCAUAGUUCUAAGGUUUCCCUUGAAUCCUUCCAUGAUGCUAUAUUGGAUGGUGGAAGUUUUGCUUCAAUGACAAUCCAUCUUUUGGACAAAACAAACCAAAUAAUCCUUAGAUUUGAUACUCCUUCAAGCGAAAUCCAACCUUUGCAUCAUGAAUUGGCAUUGUCACCUCCCCAAGCAGAAGACAAUCAAAUUGGCCAACAUGAACUUGACGAAGGAAAAUAUUUCAUAGUUAAAUCUAAGGCAUUAAGACGAAUUAUUAAAGAGUUACCUAUCUUCCAAAAUGAUUCAAUCGUUUGUGUUGAUGUAACAAAUUCUCGAGUCAAAUUCUCAAUUGCAUCUAAGGAGAUUGUUCUUGCUGAGGGUCCACACUGUAAAAUCGAAGAGAUUGAAGAGAUUGAACCAUAUGCACCAAACAAGGCACAGCAGCACAAGCUUUUAGGUCUAUUUUGGAUCAAACUUCCUCCAAGAAACAAACAACCUUUGCAAGAUUAA